AUGGGGCUCGAGAAGCCUCAUGGGGAGUCUUCGCUGCCCCUUUCCACCCCGCCAUCCGCCCCUUCGCCGGGUCUUACGGAGCCGACGUUGGUGUUCGCGAACUCCGCACCCGCAGCUUCGCGCGCCUCGCUCAACCACCGAUCUUAUCCACAUCUUUUACGUCGUCGUCGUUCGCCCUUACCGCUCCCACCGACGCCGUAUUGGUUAGCCUCGCAUAACAACGCGAGUUUGGAGCUGCGCUUUACCCUCCCAACCGGGGUGUAUCCGAGCAUGUUGCUACGGGAAUUAACCAAAAUGGAUGUGAACACGCCGGAUGUCGUCGAUAUCGAUAAAGCACCGGAGGAUCGUCGGGUGAACUCGUGGAAUGAGUUAACGAGCGAGCAACAGGCCACCUAUCGUAAAUUCUUAGCCCGUCGCCGUCAGCAGCGCUUUAGAACGGAGCAACCGCGCGCGUUAAGUUUGGCGCUUUUGCAUCAACACAUCUUUCGAUGUGGCGGGGUUCGAAACAGUCUUCUUCCUACCCUCCGCAGCUACGACUCCGUUUCUUUACCAAAGUAA